CAUUUAUAUGACUGUCGAGGAUGUACGGAGACAAGCUCUAACCCUCUUCCGUAUGAGGAUGCUUGGCGCCAAGGUCGUGGCCAUCGAGUCGGGCUCGAAGACAAUGAAGGAUGCUGUUCACGAAGCAGUGAGAGAUUGAGUUACGAACCUUGCUACAACCCAUUUCCUCAUCGGAUCCUGUUUCGGCCCUCACCCAUUCCCGACUAUAGUCCUGCAACUAUCGAAUGCUGAUCGGACGUGAAAUCAAAGCACAGAUGAAGGAGGGGACAGGGAAACUUCCGGGUGUGGUCGUCGCAUGCGUUGGAGGCGGCAGCAAUGCCAUUGGGUCCUUUUACGAGUUCAUUCCGGAUACAUCUGUGCACCUCGGUGGCGUUGAGGCCGGAGGCAAGGGUAUCGACGGUGAUCGUCACAGCACUUACCCUGGUUAGAGGCAAACCGGGUGUCUUGCAUGGAGUUCGGACAUAUGUUCUGCAAGAUCCCGCUGUUCAAAUCGUAGAGAUGUACUCUAUCAGUGCUGGAUUGGACUAUCCUGGUGUUCGACCGGAACACUCCUGGUUGAAGGACAGCAAACGGGCUGAGUACAUCAUUGCGAUGCACGAGGAAGCUUUGAGAGGAUUUACUCUGUGCACUCAGCUCGAGGGCAUCAUUCCAGCAUUGGAAUCUUCGCAUGCUCUGUUGGAGGGCAUCCACCGAGCGAAGACACUUCCCAAGGAAACCAAUUUAGUUAUCAGAUAUGGGGGAAUGCUGUACUACAUGUUUGCAGGACCACUUGCUGUGUUGUACAACUUGUGCAGUAAGGGAGUGAUUUCCAUCUGUCUUUCAGUGUCAAGUUUGAUAUGUACCUCAAGCCUGACAGCUCCUUUGGACUUUGAGGUGAAAAUGGUCUGGUGAAUGGACUACACACAGGGUGGGCAGCUGGUGUGUCAACAAAGCAUAGACACUCACCUGA